AACAGCGCCUCACGAUCUACGAGACAAUUUGCCUCGAUUUUCCACGACAUUCGCAGCUCCCGCCCAUGUGAUGGUCCCGUCAGGGGAUGACUUUGUCGUGGACGACGAGGAUGAAAUCCUAGGAGCCCCCGGCCGCUCUCGGGCACGAAGGGCAAAUGCGCGAGAAGACGCUCAAAAUUUUGAGGUAACGCGGACAUGGGAUUUACUGACUGAAGAUGCCGACGGCACCAUUACUGGCGCUGUCGAAGGUCUGCUCGAAGCAGGAAAGAGGAAGAGGCUCCUCAAGGAUACCACUCCUCUUCAGCGCGGGAUUAUUCGACACCUGAUCCUCAUACUGGACAUGUCAUUAUCGAUGAAUGAGAAAGAUCUACGACCAACUCGUUACCUCCUCACCCUCCUCUAUACCGAGACGUUUAUCCGGGAAUUCUUUGAGCAAAAUCCCAUCUCUCAGCUAGGCAUUGUGGGCAUGCGCGAUGGGAUUGCAGUUCGUAUCAGUGAUAUGUCUGGUAACCCCACCUCUCAUCUAGCCGCCAUACAAAAGAUCCGCAAGGAAGAACCGAAAGGGAACCCAUCUUUGGAAAAUGCCCUCGAAAUGGCGCGUGCGGCCCUUUUUCACGCUCCUAGCCAUGGUACACGCGAGAUACUGCUAGUAUUUGGCGCUCUUCACACGUCCGAUCCCGGCGAUAUCCAUCGCACGAUAGAUAGUCUGGUGGCGGACAAAAUCCGAGCCACUGUCAUCGGGCUGGCGGCUCAAGUGGCUAUUUGUGCCGAACUGGUCUCAAAGACCAAUAAUGGCAAUCUGGCCAAUUAUGGCGUGGUCCUCCACGAACAGCACUAUCGCGAGCUGUUCAUGGCCGUCACGACACCACCAGUCACCAGCCAGGCGACCAAAUCGGCCAAUUCCCUGUUGAUGAUGGGCUUUCCUUCGCGAACAGUCGAAGAUCAUCCGUCACUCUGUGCCUGUCAUACAAGGCCCUCCCGGGACGGAUACUUAUGUUCUCGAUGCAGUGCAAAGGUUUGCAGCUUGCCCAGUGAAUGUCCCGUCUGCGGGCUGACGCUGAUUCUGUCAACCCAUCUUGCGCGGAGCUACCAUCACUUGUUUCCGCUUGUCAACUGGCUUGAGGUGCCUUGGUCAGAGAGCCACCGAAGUACAGCAUGUUUCGCCUGCCUGAAGUCUUUCCCAUCUGCACCGCCUACAGAGUCACGGGAAUCAACCUCAAUCUCCGCGACAAGCAGUAGAUACGAAUGCCCUGUUUGCCGCCGGCACUUUUGUAUCGAUUGUGACCUCUUUGCUCAUGAAGUGGUGCAUAAUUGUCCAGGCUGCCAGAGUGCAAGGAUGCAAACAAGUCUGAUGGGUGAGACAGAGGUGGAAGUCGAUAACAUCAACCGCAACGAGGCACCGACCCACAAUGGCAUCGACGUCUCAAAUGGAGAUCCGAUGAACAUAGACUGAGGCAAAGGAAAAUGGAACGAUCCAGAAUAACAAAGAAGACGAUAAAGCAAAUUCUUGCCUCCUCUACAUCCUGGGCAGCGUUUUGGACUACUGAAGUAUUCCUCAUUCGAGAAAAUACUGCCCCAUAUACGUGCAAGAAAACAUGAGCUCCCUGUGGCGUAGAAAUACACCAUUUUAUUUGGUUCACUCAAGCCCUGAGCAUUGACUCCAUUUACGCACCUAAUGCAUCGCGCCAAUAGAGACUCGAACAUCGGCCAGCUGGGCUGGCCACGGGUCAGGGAGACUGUCUGCAUGGUCUUUCCGAUCACGUAACAUCUAUUUGCUGCCGAAUACACAUGAAGCAUACUGCCAAAAGCAGACAGGCAUUUGGUGCAAGGCUGACACUUUGUCAAGGUCUUGCUGAUGUGUUCUCAGGCCUUGACUAGGCAUGAGAAGGUCACCGAACGCCUUUGAGCAGAGCAAUACGGAAACCUCAAUAAUGCUGGUACUUACAUGAAGGCGCGAGACCGGCGGGACCUACUGUUAGCUGUCCUUGAACGUCAGCUUUAAUUGGAGCGAGAACGGCACAAGUGAUGGGUCCCAACACAUCGGAAAAGAGAGUAUCGUGCUCGCAAAUCUAGCAUUUCGGUAUGGACGACAUUUUCCCUCUCACUGGACGCGUCUUCUAUACCGGCUUGCCUCGGUGCAUUGUUGGUGUGGCUGUUGCCUGGAUACAUCCUCCAUUGCAAGGAUCUCAUCAAAACCCAGCCUGCCUCGUAUGAACGUCGUUUAAGGCUUUGGAGAGAAGUGUUGCGAUUCACGUGGAUGUGUUGCAGGACCGACGCAGGUUUGUCAGGUAGAGUGCCAUGGAAGGCCCAUCACAAAUUCGCUACAGGUGUCGUUGUUGCAAGACUCUCAUAAGCGCACCAGAGUAGAAGAUGCCCUUCCAUGGAUUCAGCACGGUACCCAGGGACUCAAGAUCUCCGCGCAAGGCAUCAUUGGUCCUUCAACGCCAGUCCAGAGCAUAUUGCUUCAAAUAGGUGACUGAGAUGCGGUAGACUAUGCCUGCUGCAACUAUCCGCAAAUUGCAACGGCUGGGUGAUCCCGCACAAGCUAUUGUCAUCAAAGGUGGAGCAAACCACUGUGCAACACUGUGCAACGCGCCUUGCGGUGAAAUGCUUUGUCACAGGCAAGGAGGAAGGAACAUGAAGCUGGGGAUCGAUUGCCAUUGAGCCCGCGUACUCCGUACUGUGUACUGUGUAUGCGGGCUUCGCAAUCGUGACCCACCCUGAGAAGAAGGGGAUAGAGGAAAAACGCGCUUCCAAGCUGAUUCCGGCGGAGCUUGAACCUGCCCGGCGCGACUGGCCGAAAGAAUAAAAUUGAAUUUGUCAGACUAAA